CUGUAGCAUUCACUGCUAAUCUCUCUCUUUCACAGACUUAAAUCAACAACUAAAACAAAAGAAAAAAAUAACGAAAGAAGAGUGAAUUUAACAAAACUAAACACCAUUAUACUGUGAUGAGGAUCUAUCAACCGACCCUAUUAUCGUUCGCCGCGACCAUCAUCUUACUUUACAUAUCGCGCGUCGCAACCGCUUCUUAUAGUGGGUCCCGGCAACUUUACGUCCGAGACGACCCAAUAACGAUACCUCCAUACUUCAUCUUCGAAAACGUACGGCUCGAGAGAGCUUACGUGGCGUUACAAGCGUGGAAGCGGACCAUGAUCUCUGACCCGUGGAACCUAACGUUAAACUGGUUCGGACCCCGUGUGUGUGACUACAACGGAGUAGUAUGCUCUGAAUCCCUCGACGACCCUUCUAUCAACAAAACUGUCUCCGGCGUCGAUCUAAACCAUGGAGAUAUCGCCGGUCAUCUCCCCGAAGAGCUUGGCCUCCUCACAGACAUUGCUCUGUUUCACGUCAACUCGAACCGGUUCUGUGGGACACUCCCACUCGGGUUUUCUCAGCUGAGUCUCUUGUUUGAACUUGAUCUCAGCAAUAACCGGUUCGCUGGUAAAUUCCCGGAAUUGGUUAUCGGUUUACCGAAAUUAAAAUACCUUGAUCUCCGGUACAACGAAUUCGAAGGGGGAUUACCAGAAUCUCUAUUCGAAAAGGACCUAGACGCUUUGUUUCUGAAUAGUAACCGGUUCACUAGUAAAAUCCCGGUUAACAUGGGGAGUUCCCCGGUAUCGGUUCUAGUUUUGGCGUCGAACCGGUUUGACGGAUGUAUACCGACGAGUUUCAGCAAGAUGGGUAAGACUCUGAACGAGAUCAUCUUGAUGGAUAACGGUUUACAGUCCUGUCUACCCAAUGACAUGGGGCUGCUCAAAAACGUCACAGUUUUGGAUAUUAGUUACAACUCCCUGGUCGGAGAGUUGCCGGAGUCAAUGGGCCAGAUGGAGAGUCUAGAGGUGUUAAACGUAGAGCGUAACAUGUUCUCCGGUGUAAUACCGGAGGAGAUCUGUUUGCUUAAGAAUCUUAGAGAGUUUAUAUACGGGUCUAACUACUUCACUGGAGAACCACCAACGUGUCGUUAUCUAGAGACUUAUAAUAGCACGAUGAACUGUCUCAAGGAUGUGAAAGUGCAGAGGUCGACGAUGGAGUGUAAGGUGUUUUUGUCGAAGCCCGUGGAUUGUGACUCCUACAAGUGUAGUCCUGUCACUUCUUCCUGUGUUUGUCCAGGCCAUCUUUCUCCUCCUCCACCUCAGAUAUCACCGUUUUCUCCACCAUCGGCGCCGUCUCUUCCACCAGCGCCGCAGCCGUCUCCGAGUGCUUAACAGGGCGGCUCCUCCUCGCAGCCACCGGUGAACUGAUCGAUCUAUUGUAGAGACUAGAAAAGGGCAUGUGUUGAAACGAGAUUGUUUAGAGCCAGAGGGAAUUUGUUUGAGACAGCAAGCUGCAAAUCUAUAGGACAAAGUGUAGGACUUGUCUCCUUUAAUAGAUUUUGCAUGUGUGUGUUUAUUUUUAACUUUACAUAAUUUUAUUAUUAUAUAUGAUUCUUGUUUGUUAAGCCCUUUUCAGGUUCAUUAAUAAGAACGAACGGUGGCAACCA